GCAGAAGUUCUCAUCAGUUGCGCGACGUUUGUCAAGCGAAUAUUUCAAUGUAUAUAGGGCCUUGAUUUCAAUUUGUUUUGGUUUUUAAUGAAGUGUGGUGAGAUAGCAGCUUUUUGUGGCUUUUUGUGUGUGGUAAAUUAAAUAAUUGUUAAAAGCUUUAUUCUUUGAAAUGGGCAAAGCAGAAAAAGGAACACCUAAGUGGAUUGCUAAUAGAGCAAAAGCAAAGGGACUGCAGAAACUAAGAUGGUACUGCCAAAUGUGUCAAAAACAAUGCAGAGAUGAAAAUGGAUUCAAGUGUCACACAAGUUCAGAAACUCAUCAGCGACAAUUGUUGCUCUUUGCUGAAAAUGCAAAUGAAUAUUUGGACAGCUUUUCAAAGGAGUUUGAGGAAGGCUACCUGGAGCUGCUUCGCCGCCAGUUCGGCACUAAGCGCGUUAACGCUAACAAUGUGUACCAGGAGUACAUCGCGUUCAAGGAGCACCUGCACAUGAACGCCACUCAGUGGGAGACGCUCACUGAGUUCGUCAAGUACCUCGGCAGGGAGGGCAAGUGCACCGUCGACGAGACCGAGAAGGGAUGGUUCGUCACCUACAUCGACAGGGACCCGGAGACGCUGGCUCGCCAGGAGGCGCUGGCCAAGAAGGAGAAGAUGGACAAAGACGAUCAGGAGCGGAUGCUGGAGUUCAUUGAGCGACAGGUGGAAAAGGCCAAGGAGCAGGCCCGGGACACGCCCGCCGUCGAGUACACCGAGCUGCGACGGGAUGACGGUAAGGAACCCAUCAAACUCGGGCUCUCCCUCGCCGCCAAGAAGCCGGACUUCAAGCCGCCCAAACCGGUGAAGAACCUGUUGGCAAAGGACACGGCAAAGCCCAGCAGCAGCGGUAGCGGAAAGGAGGCAGACAAGAGCGGGAAGCGCAAACUGAGCGCCCUGGAUGAGAUCAAGCUGCUGGAGGAGCAGAAGAAGGAGAAGAUGAACAGGAAGGACUACUGGUUGACUGAGGGUAUCGUGGUGAAGGUGAUCACCAAGGACCUGGGCUCCAAGUUCUACAAGCAGAAGGGCUACAUACAGGAGGUACUCGACAAGUACCGGGCGCUGGUGCGACUGCUCGAUAGCGGACAGAAGCUGAAGCUCGACCAGCAGCACCUGGAGACGGUGGUGCCGGCAGUCGGUCGGAAGGUGAAGAUUGUGAACGGCGCUUAUCGUGGCAGCUUGGCGAAACUCGACGCCAUAAAAGAGAGCAAAUUCUGUGCUACGCUCACCAUCGCAGAGGGUCCGCUGAAGGGCCGCCAGCUCACCGCCGUAGCGUACGAGGACUUCAGCAAGCUGUACGUGGACUCGUGACCUGCCGCGCCGGGUGAGUCGACUCUGACUUUGUCUCCUCUCCGUGACGAUGGCGGGCUACUCUGAAAGCUAUGGCUAUCGUGCGUUUAUUUCCGGGCCUCCCAGUGAAGAGAGCGGCGCCGCGGUGCCCUCCGUAGUGCCGAGUGGCGCCCCCUGUCCGAAGAGCACCGCCGUAACUCAAUGGAAGCCGACUGGUGGUGCAAUGUGAACCACCAUUCGCUGAGUGUGGUGUGGGCUAGUGAGGCGCCCUCUGUAUGGCUGAUAUUGGAGAGGUCCUGCCGCGCCACAUCGCUGUGGAACUGAAGAAACCAAUGCCGAAAUCGUGUGGUCAAGCAUUGGUUCUCAUCUCGGUUUUAUGUGUAUUUAUACUUGAGACUGUUCAAGCUGUCGAGUUAAAUAGUUGAAAUUCAACUGGUCGUUUCGUGGAUUUGUGCGAAACUCGUGUAAUGGAAAAGACUAUCGUGCAUGUUCACUGUGCGUAAAUGAACGCAUGGUUAGUGACAGUGUGAUGAGUGUCAAAAUGUAAUGCAACGUCGGAUAAGUUGAUUGCCGAUAUUACAAAAGAUACGGUUUGGAGUCGUGGCUCUGACGGUCCAUUGCUCAUUCCUGGCCGUCAUUUUGAGCUCUCCACUUGGUAGUGUGUAUAUAACCGAUGUCAUGUGAAAUAUCAUCCAUAUCCAUCACUCAUUCUGACAGAAAAUAAACUGGAAACGUCCAA